GCUUCGCUGCUUCGGGGCUGGGUUGAGCAGGAGAUAUUGCACAACUUCGAUUUGAUCCAGCUGGUCGCUGGUGCUUCCGUCGACGCCCAGUCGCUCCCGAUCCGGCUCCCCACCAACAUCGCGGAGCUGCAAGCCAUCCUUAUCAAAAUGGGCUACAACCCCGACGCCCAGGACUCGUGGGAGCUCCUGGGCUUCGCCAGGCUGGAGGGCCCCACUCCCACGGACGUUGUCAUCUUGGUGGAGCUUCCGCAGGUGCUCAAGGAGCGCCGCCGCUUCAGGCCUGACCGGCUGCCGAUGUUCAAGGAGCUGGGGAAGGAGGCGCUGGCGGCCAUCAAGGACGUCCUGCGGACCCCGCAUGUUGAGACCUACGCGCAGUGGUCCGACGUCUUGCGCGCUGGCGACCCGGCUGCGCGGUCUCCAGCGGACACCCGCGCUUUGGCGAGCAAGGCGGAGAAGGGCAACGAGACAUUAUGGGGCGACCAAUCGGGAAAGUCGGCGGUGCCCUGGGCCCCCACCGACAACAACUCGCUGUCUCGUCUCUUGGCCGCCUUCCUUCGGCGCUCCGACCUCGCCUCGCGUCCCGACAACUUCAUCUUUAUCUCGAUUAUCCCUGCGACGUCUGGCUUGAACAGCGUCUCCAACGGCCUUCCCACGAUGUUGAUCAAUAUCGCCCCGCUUUUCCAGCUGCCCGAGGUCAAGGUCGUUAGAUGUGAUCUUCUCGUGGACGGCUUCCCUCAGUUCUUGUCCCUGUGCUCCCUGCCGCUCCUAUCGG